AUGGCCGAACCAAAACCUGCACAACCACCACCAGAACAAAUAGGCGUCGUCUACACACCCUUCACCGAUCCUCAACUUAAUCCGCCGGACGCAAGGGAUAUCAUCAGGAAAAACGUGCCUCAGGGGAUUUACUACGACCCAUAUUCAUUCGACUUCGUCCGCAUUCAAUGGGUCGACCUUAUUAACAACAUCAGAUAUCGCAUCAUCACUAACGCUUACUUUGCGAAACUCCUCUCUUCAUCGGUGCGCCCAGGUGUGUCGAUCACCAAAUGCGCGUUAGGGCUCGUCUUUUUGUCGCUGGCUGAUGGAUUCAGAAAAGCCAAAAACGAACUUGACCUCUCCUUCCUCAUCGGCAUUGAAUCCGAGUUCAUCCUCCUGAAACAAACGAACCCCAUCGAAGCAGUGAACAACCACGGCUGGUCUAACUCCACCGCCUUGCCCUCCGGCUCCAUCGAAGCCAAAGUCCUGGAGGAAAUCGCGGAUGCCUUGAAUGCUGCUGGGAUAGAGCUGCAGAUGUAUCAUGCCGAAGCUGCCCCGGGACAAUAUGAAGUUAUCACGGGGCCGUUGGGACCACUUCAGGCGGCUGACGCGCUUGUACAUACGAGGGAGACAAUUUAUAACAUUGCUAGUAAACAUGGGUUGAGGGCUACGUUCGCUCCAAGGGUUUAUAUGGAUCGCUGCGGAAGCGCAGCACACACACACAUAUCAAUUCACUCCUCCACCCCACCCUCCCCUUCCAUUUCCUCACCAAACUUAACAUCCCUCGAAGCCUCCUUCCUAGCUGGGCUCCUCGCCCACCUCCCCUCCUUAACAAUCCUCACACUUCCCCUCAGCGCCUCCUACAAACGCAUGGUUGACAGUGCCUGGUCAGGGGGCACCUACGUCUGCUGGGGGACCGAUAACCGCGAAGCUCCAAUAAGGCUAUGUAACGCCACCUCUCCCUCGUCUCGGAACUUUGAAGUGAAAUGCGUAGAUGGGACGUCGAUUCCGUAUUUGGCGUUUGCGGGGCUUAUAGCGGCUGGCGUAGAGGGUGGUGUGAAGAUCAACAGGGCACUUGAGAUGAGGGAUUGUAGUGCCCAUGGAGAAGUUGGGAAGACGGCGGCGGAUAUGGGGGAGGAGGAGAGGGCGAGGUGUGGGAUUACGGAGAGGUUGCCGUUGAAUUGGGAGGCAGCACGGGAGGCGUUUAGGGGUGAUGCGGUGCUUGGGGAGGCGUUUGGGGAGGCGUUUGUUACGGGGUAUUUGAAUGUUAAUAAGGUGCGGUUUCUGAUUUUUGUGCUGGAGAGGACUGACUGA